AUGUUGUUCGGGAAACGUGGAAAGAGUGGCUUGGUUGCUCUCAAUUUAGAUCUUGCUCAAGUUGUUGAAUUCGUUAAAGCACGCCUUGGCACUGAGCUGCCGCCGCCAUUUCUUAUCAAUUUUCUCUUAGUUAGUUUGAAUGAUCCUGCCAAGGGAAGAGAUAAUUUCUCAUUGAAACGAAAUUUUGCAUUCAGGUGGGGUAACAUAGAGUUUCCUCUGCCUUUUGGGAGGGUCCUGAGCCCUACAGAGAGCUUCAUUCAUUCGUUGGAUGAAACGACAAGUGCAUCUCUGAAAUUCACUGUUUUGAAUCCGAAAGGGCGUAUCUGGACGAUGGUUGCCGGAGGUGGUGCCAGUGUCAUUUAUGCUGAUACAGUAGGAGAUUUAGGUUAUGCAUCAGAACUGGGCAACUACGCGGAGGAGGUCUUGCAUUAUGCAAGAGUCGUUAUCGAUUGUGCCACUGCAAACCCCGACGGUCGUAAGAGAGCCCUUCUCAUUGGAGGUGGCAUUGCUAACUUCACCGAUGUUGGUGCUACUUUCAACGGAAUUAUUCGAGCGUCGAGAGAAAAGGUAUAUUUCAGCUAAAAACGAUUAAACCUGAGUUCAUCGGUCGAGAUUCUCCUUUGACAUUC